AUGGAUCAUACAUUAGAUUUUGAAAUACCAUUUGAGACUGCAAGACAAGCAGAAAUAGCAGUCCAAGUACUGAAGCCAGAUCCAAUCCUAAAACCUCAAGAUUUCCAAGUGUCUUACUCUUCAAAUGACAAUCUAUUGAUCAUGAAAUUCAAAAGUAUUGAUGAUAGAGUGCUCCGUGUAGGUGUCAGCAGUGUAAUUGACAGUGUCAAGACAAUCAUAGAAACAAUGGACGAGUUAUCAUGA